UCACUGAAUGAGCAGUGCGGGCUUCCAGUGCGCACCUUCGGGCGCGCAGCGGUGGCACAGCCUGUGAAUUGUCCUCUUCCUGCACACUCUGCACAGAAACCUGCUGUUUCUGCUCAUAUUUUUCUACAACCGAUUUUCUGGUCGAGAGUCCUCAAAGAGUCCUAAUCAGCCUUGGUUUCUUUCGAAGGAGCUUUUUUUUUUUGAGGGGAAGGAAAGGACUAAAAAGAGGCGAUUCACUUGUUUUCGGGUGGUGAGUUUGCGCCCAGCAACAGCAGAAGAAGGAGAGCCAGCGUUCAGCACCAUGGAGAGCGGCGUGGUGCACAUUUUCAAAGAGGACCGCUGUCCCUUGGGCCAGCCGGGGCAGUGCGUCCCGAACUUCACCUGGCAGCCCGGCUUGUCGGACAUCUUCAACGACACCCCGAACGGCACCUGGGACGCGGAACCUGAGCCGAUGUCACCCAUCAUCCCCAUCAUAGUCGCCGUUUACUCGGUGGUGUUUGUGGUGGGCUUGGUGGGCAACUGUUUGGUGAUGUAUGUCAUCAUCAGAUACACCAAGAUGAAAACAGCCACCAACAUCUACAUCUUCAACCUGGCGGUGGCCGACGCCCUGGUUACCACCACUAUGCCCUUCCAGAGCACUGACUACCUGCUCAGUUCCUGGCCGUUUGGCGAGGUGGCAUGCAAAGUCUUCAUCUCCAUCGACUACUACAACAUGUUCACCAGUAUCUUCACCCUGACGAUGAUGAGCGUGGAUCGCUACAUUGCUGUGUGUCACCCGGUCAAGGCUCUGGAUUUCCGUACGCCAGUGAAGGCAAAGAUCAUCAAUGUGAUCAUCUGGGUUCUGUCCUCAGCUGCUGGGAUUCCUGCCAUGGUCCUUGGCAACACCAACACCAACAACGGAACCACAGAAUGUGCUUUACAGUUCCCUGAUCCCUACACCUAUUGGGACACCCUGAUGAAGAUAUGUGUUUUCAUCUUCGCCUUUGUGGCGCCCCUCAUCAUCAUCACUGUCUGCUACACCCUGAUGGUGCUGCGGCUGAAGAGCGUGCGCCUCCUGUCUGGCUCGCGCGAGAAAGACCGCAACCUUCGACGGAUCACCCGUCUGGUUCUGGUGGUGGUUGCGGUAUUUGUGGUGUGCUGGACCCCCAUCCACAUCUUCAUCCUGGUCAAAGCGUUGUCAGCCAACGUGCCCGAGACCACCGCUGUCAUGGCUGCCUACUUCUUCUGCGUGGCGCUGGGCUACACCAACAGCAGCCUCAACCCCAUCCUUUAUGCGUUCCUGGACGAGAACUUUAAGAGGUGCUUCAGAGACUUCUGCUGCCCUGGAGGGCGGGGUCACGGUGACUGUCACGGGGUGAGCAGAGUGAGGAGCACGCUUCGGGAUCACACCUGCGCCACCGAAGGGAGGGGUGACGGGAGACAAGCCAGGCCCGUAUGACUAGCCAUGAACAUGUCCUCCAGGCCGUACCAGAGCUGGGAGGACUCCAUUGAUCUGUGUUUGACUCAAAUCACUACCACAAUCUGAGAAGUAGUAUCAGUAUUGAUUAAUAAAUCCCAUGAAAAGACCAAAACCAAGAGUGAUUUGACCCCACUUCAUCUCAUUUAUAUGAAAACAUUUUGUCUAAAAUAUUGCAGUUAUUUCUUAAGUUGGUUUAAGGAAAGAGACUGAAUGAAAGCAACAUCUCUGCAUGUUUUUUUUUUUGUUUUGUUUUGUUUCCAACAGGCUAGGUAUGCAUUCGAUUCAUAUCAAAAUUCAAUAUUAUGAUCCUCCCAUGAAGUCAGAAUUUGAACUUUUGGAAGCAACCUCAACCUGCAAAUCCAACAUGUCUGAAAAUCACAGUCUAUUAAUUUGCGUUAAAAAAUCCAAUCAAACUAGCAACAAGGGACCGUAGUAUUUGAACUCUGGUAGGGAAAUUAUUACUACGUUGCUUUAAUACACAAUUACUGCAGUUUCAGACAGAGAGUAAAAAUAUAUUCCCUAAUUAUUUUAGGAAAGGCAUUAAUUGUAAGCAUCUUUUCAGCUUAUUAUCAAUAGUUCUUAAUUGGUGUUUUUGUGAUUUGGAGUACAAUAUAUUUGCCAACUCCUUUUUGACGAUACACCUUUGUGAAAUAUUCAGUAUCUCCUUAACGCUGAGAGAACUUCAAGGCUAAAACCAAUAUGAAGAUAGCAUAUAUGUAAAAUAAAAUACAUCCGCACGUGUCUAAUGAGCACAAAAUUAUCUUGCUUGGUGUAAAUUUCUGCUUAGCACUUCAUCUUUACAGCUUGGUAUUUGUGCACUUGUGAAUGUGUGAUGAAUCCUAUUAUGUGAUACUGGAGGGAUAAUUUAAAUAUCAAUAUGCAGACUUCGUUUUAACCACACACAUGGGCAGUGUUCUAGAAGGAAACUUUAAUAACCACCAACCUCUGAAUUUACACAAGCACAGUACUUUUUAGAUUGUGUACAUAAAAUAUAUUUAAUGUCACAAAGCUUGGCUUAUAUUAGCUGAAAUAUGCAUCCUGCUUUUUUAUUGCAAAAAAAUCCUUCCUGAGACUUUACUGCCUUGCUUUUUUCUUGAAUACAGUAAAACAGUGGUCAGUCUGACUGAAUUGAAUUGUGUAUGUUCUAAAGAUUAGCUUCAAAGUUAUAUUACUGAAGUAGUGCUAUUAGGAAGUUGUUAUUGUGCCUUGUUUUUGUGCCUUCAUUCUUCUAUUACUUUUAUUUUUACUCAUAUUUAUGAUAGUAUCUUGUCAAACUAUCAGUCUUACAGUUGAUAUCCCAACUAUUUUAGUCAGUGUUGUCUCUCAUAUUAUGUUUCCUUGACAUUUUAAAACUUUAUUCAUGAACAAAAAUCUUUUAAUUUGAGCUCAGCUCUGGGAGUCAAGCAUGCAAAAAGUGCCCCUCGUGUCGCAUCUGAUAUUUCAAUGUAUAUUAGCUUUGGGUGUCAAAUGACGCUUUGUAAAUGCAGUAUUAAGUCAGAAUAAAUAAGUAAAAAAGUUGGAAA